GUCCUGGAGCUUAAGAAUGAAUAUGGGGUGGGCGGCAAUCCGACCCUUCAGGGCACUUACUGGUAUGCGAAAAGCUUAUUCGGCCUCAAGGUCCGCAGGUAUUCUUCUCUGUGGUUCCCCUAUAUUAUUCUCGGCAUCGCGGGCACCGUGCUCGAAGUUUCCAUAGCGGUAUGCCUGGAGAAGAUCCUUGUGGACAAAAUCCUUCAUUUCGAGAUUCACGAUGGUGACGACGACGACGAGACGAUCACCAAGCUGGCCUUGAUUGUUUCGGCACUGAAAGGCUGUGCGCGCGAGCUUGGGAUCGAAUUUCACCGUCUCGAGAAAGCGACCGCUGGCGACGGCCCACCUGAAAACGAGACGUGGCACUUACCUCGUCCAUCCGUCGUUCCUUCCCCGAACUUUCCGAUGCCGGCGUUGAAGUUCAAAUCGAAGCUAAGCCGAGAGAACAGGGCAAUUGUAUUGGAACGAGAUGAACCGAACAUGCGUCCGCUCUUCCUUGCCGACUACACGCACGAAGGAUCAUCAUCAGCGGUGGAGACGGUGGUCAAGUUUCCAGUCACGUACAACAAGGAUGCGCAUAGGAUGCUGGCGGACAAAAACUACGCGCCGAAGCUAUACACCGGCGUACCCGUGAUCGGUGGACGAGAAAUGGUCGUCAUGGAGCGCGUGUAUGGAAAGCGAAUGUGCGACUAUCCCCGAAACAGCCUUCCAAACAGCGUAUUCGAGGACAUCAAAGGAGCUUUAGAGAUCUUGCAUGAUCUCAAGCUCGUGUUCGGUGAUCUCCGCGAUACAAAUAUUAUGAUUGUUGAAGGCGACGGCGAAGGCAAGACUAAAGUCAGGGCAACGCUCAUUGACUUCGAUUGGGUCGGUGAAGACGGGAGAGCCUCCUAUCCAGCUCUGAUAAACAUGAAACUCGUUGGCACGGAGUAUGACUCCGACGUCCGUGCGCGGGGGCUCAUGCGAAAGCAGCACGAC